ACGGACGAACAAAGGAAGGAUUUAAACAGUGUGAACUUCAUGCAAUUGAUUUUUUGAAGAACAAUUUACUGAAACCUUUGCUUAUUCAUCUAUUAUUCGGAAAGUAUAUAGUUAAAUAUUAUUUAAGUGUUAUUGACUCUAAAUAUCGCCUUAUUACAUUGAAAAUGAAGGACCCUUUUGCAUCGGACGCUGGGAUCGAUUCCCCAUCACACAGCCUGAAAAAUGUUGAUGGAUGUUAUAAUAAUAGCCUUUUUAAGGGAAAAACAUUCGCUAAUUCACGCCGUGCCUUGCAGUCUGGCGCUGAGAAGAUUUCCAGAACAUUUAGGAGUGUCAGGAACACAUUUGGGAACUUGUCUCAGCAUUUGAGGCUGGCUGGCAGACGCAGGCAUCGGUUAGCUGAGAUGGGGUCACCAUGCCGGGCUCCUUCUACGCCUGUUAUGAAGAAAAAGGUUCUUGGCAGAAGUCCAGCCAAACUGUACAGCCCGUUUGGCAUUGAAACGCCUCACAGCCGCGACUUCAGGAUGUCUCCGUACAUGCCCGACACUCCAGAACAUGGUUUAUCGCCGAAACGUCACAAAAGCAUAGCGCAGUCAUGGCAUCUGCUGUCCAAGAAACGGCCGCGGGUUCUCUUCCAUUGAUCCGUCUAAUGUACCAAAACAAGAGGUGAAUUUAUAUGUAAUGUUUCCUAAAUUUUGAAAGAUUUCGAAAUAUUUCCAAACAUUGUUACAAUAAAUAUUAUAUAACAUGAAUACCUAUUAUCACGUCUUUACCCUGUAAUGGAACAGGGUAGGCAGAGCCAACAGUCUCGAAAAGAGAGACAGAUAGCUAGCCCAUCGCCUAAAAGAAGAAUCCCAAGUUUAUUAUAUAAGUUAUAUAAUAUUAGUUGAAAUAUAUACGGGAGAACAGAUAGAGCUAGCCCCAUAGUAAGUUAGAGACUUGUGCUAUGGGUUACUGGAAAUUAUUUUUAGAAUGUAGAAGUUUAUCAGACAAAAAAAUAUUUUAAAUGCAUUAGAUUUUAAAAGUUUAUAUCUUUUAUAUACAAUGAGAAAUCUUUAUAGAAAUUUAGGAAACUUACAUCAUCUCUUAUAAUAUUGUAACCCACCGUUUAAUUUAAGAUGCUUUGAAUGGUUUGUCGAGUGUAGUGACGUGCAUAACAUACAAACAGACUGGAUCUACCCUAUUCUACCUUUUAUCCCUUAUGGGUUGGACAGAGCCAAUAGUCUCGAAAAAUAUAGAGACAGGUUGCUGGCCCAUCGCAGAAUAUUUUACUGUAGAAACAAAUUUUAAUCCUAAGUAUGUAUAAUUUAUUCGCUUUGCCAAAUAUUUAAUUGAAAUCCAAAUUUUCUCUUAGAAAUGAAAGCGAAAACGAUUUUUUUUGUCAAAGCAACAAAUGGUAGAUUUUAUGCACGUCACAGGAAGGCUUGAUAGAAGGCUGGAAGGAAAUAAUCUAAUUCAAAAUAUUUUUAUAUAAUUUUAUUUAUCAUCAAUCCCAAAUGAACCUCUAUUGUUCAUUCGUGUUAUUUUAUUUCUGAAUAAAAGUAUUUUUUUAAACCAUAAUUUUAAUGUUUUUAUAAUAGCUUCAAGCCUUCUAUAGCCGUUUUUAUGCAAUUGGUGCUAAAUGUCAUGUAAUUGUAUUAGCUUCUCUGCUAAUGCAUCUGGAAUGGGGCUUAUGUAAUAUAUAUUAUAUUCUAUAUGAAAAGGACUGAACAUUAUUCUUCCUGAAGUUUCAAGUAUAUUAUGUAAGUAUGUAGAAUUUUUAUAAUUCCCAUUUUCAUAAUUUCAACAAUUAUUGUUCAAUGUGAAAAGAAAAAUGAAUCAGAAAUAACCGGUUAUUAUGUUAAUGCCUUGUUUUUCUCAUUGUGGCAAGUAAAAUUCUAAAUUUCUUGUGUUUGAGUAAAAAAAUAAUAACAUAAGCACUUACACUAAAUUACAUCUGGUUUAUAGCUUAUUUUGCAAGCUGGCAUUUGGCAAACUAUAGA